AUGUCAUCCCUUGAUACUAACUAAAGGAGAGACAACCUAGUCAAAAAACCAUCGAACACUAUACCUAAGAAAUCAAGAUUAGAAAAAAAAUGCGAAGUUUUGUAGAAACCUUUAGGAAUAUAUUAGGCCUAUAUAAAAACAUUAUUAGGAUUUGAGUUAGAAUAGGAGGAAGACUUCAAUUAUAAUUGCAUUCUGAAGAAUUUCAAGAAAGAUCUGAGUGAAGAUGUAGAAAUAUUUCCUGACUGCGUGUUUAGGUUUCCAUACGAUUGAUUAUUUUAAUUAGUUUAAUAAACCCAGACUAUAAAUACAAGAACGAGAAUCAUGACUAAUGCAUGGUUAAUUCGAGCAUCGAACUGUUUGAAUUACUUCAAUCAGGAUUGAGGAUCAAUUAGAAAUCUCUAGACGAUCUUUUAUUAUUGAAAGCGAUUGAGUCAAUAUAUUUUAAUUUGCCUUUUUAUGAUGCGUGCUAUCACCAAAAAAAGGAUCCCACCAUUCUAUUAACCGAAGAAAACCAAGAUUAAAAACACAUAAGGGAGAAGGAUUUGCAAUAACAAAAUUUAUUAUACGAAAAAUCAGACAUAAGGUAUCAUAACAUUGAUAAAAAUGGUACUUAAACAUAAUUAAAUAGAAAUAAUUAAGAAUUAUGUAUCUUAAUUAGAAAAAUAGUUUCAUAAUUUACUAUAAAAAGAUAUACAUGCAAAUAUAAUGGACUGUUUAACCUUAAACUAUAAAGAAUUAAAAUAGACUUUGCUUAAAAAAUGGAGAGGAGGUCAAUAUUUGGAAAACUAAGAAGAUAUGUGGAUUAGAUCUGGUACUCCUACCCAGGAUGUCUCUACAUUAAUAAGAAAUGCUCUAAUAAUUAAAUUAAACAAGGGAGGCUUCAAUAUUCAAUCGUUCUUAUCUGGAGAAGGCAACGAGAUCUUUGUUAUGCUUAAUAUGCAAGAUUCUAAUCUGAAGAUAGUAGCUGAUCAAGGUCAUGUGUUAAAGUAAUUAAAUUUUUGGUUUACAGAUUUGUUUUCCUUAGAACCUGUAGACAAGUCAUUUAGGCCUCUAAGAAUCAAUAACAGAAUUUGGAAAUCUUCUGAUUUUGAAGUUUCAGACUUGUUCUUAUAUUUAAAACCACAAAUGAUCAGAUUAAUUCAACAGAUUAAUUUCAAACGCAUAGCUCGAGAAACAAAUCAAAGUUCAAUAAAUUCACAAUUAUUUGAAUAUGGCAAAUUGGAUUUUAGUGAGAAAGAUGAUGGACCUACAGAUGAAGAAUGGAUAGCAUACCAUAAAUACUUGACUCACCUAGAAAAGUGUGUUAGGUAAUUCAGACAGAGUUAAUUAAUCGAUAAUGAACUAGCAUGCUUGUUAAAUAAAUAAGUAACCUCUCUUUAAAUUUAUUAAUAAAGAAAUGCAUCAAAUAAAGAGAUUCAAAAUCUGAACUAUUAAAAUUUGUAAGAACCUAGAAAUUAUGAGCAUUUAGAAAUGAUAAACUAAAUAUAGAUGUAAGCUGAUAGAGUUAUGGAUGAGUUCUCGAAUUUUUAAUUUUCGUUAUAAAUUCCUCCAGUAAAGGCAUUAAAAUUAUUAAAAAAAGAAUCAGUUUCUUUGAAUUAUCUCUAUUCCUUUUAAGAGGCUCUGAGAGUUGCAAAUGGAGAAUAAAUAAAGCUAUAUAAUUUAUGGGAACGAUCAGAAAUACCUCCUUUUGAUAUGUAUCAUCCUUAUUAAAUGCCUAAUAAAGAAAAUACGAAAACACAGUAAGCAAAACAGGAAUUAAGUUGGAGAAAAUAUGUUAAGAAUGAGAACAAUUAGAUAUCGUUAUUCUCAUCUCAAGAGAGAUUGAAAUUGGUCUAUCAGAAAGUGUCACAAGAAUUAGAUCUCAGUAUUAUGCAUUAAUUGGGUAUCAUUAAAUAAAUAUUCUGUCUUAACGAUCAUUAUGAAUUAUUUGGAUAAUGUAGCAAUGUUUAGGCUUAGAUAACUUUGGACACAAGGUUUUUUAAGAAGAAACCAUUUUAAUUGAUUGAUGAAUGGAAACUAGAUUAUUUGAGACCCUGGAUUAGUCCUUGCGAUUUAAUUUGUGGAUAUUAUGGAGAAAAGAUUGGUCUCUAUUUUUACUUCAUGAGUUACUUUACUGAAAUGACGACUCCCUUAGCCUUUUCUGGUCUUGCUUGUAGUUUGAUUUAAUGGAUAAUUUGGGAUAAUGAGAGUGACUUCUACAUUUUGGUUACUAUUAUAUUUGCCUUUGUCCAAAUUCAUUGGAGCAAUGUAUUUACUGAUUUGUGGAAACAAAAACAAAUCUAUUUCAAUCUGAAAUACGGACAAAAUGACUAAGAUCAAUAAUAAGUUUAAAGAUCCAAAUUUAAAGGCAAACACAUACGAUCCUUAGUAAAUGACUAAUUAAACUCUAUUGAAGUGUUGUAUCAUGAAUAUUUGAAAAGAACUUUGGUGAGCUCAAUGUUGCUGUUUUUCUUUAUAUUAUUUUAUAUUGGUAUUAUAGUAUCCUUAUUUGUUUUCACUGUUUAAUUGCACAACAAGUAUUAGUAGGAACUGAAAUACUUUGAUAUAGCUACUAUUGAAGUCACUUCAGCUGCAGCUAUGAAUUUCAUUGCUUAAUUAAUUGCAGACAAUAUCUUUGACAAAAUUGCCUGUUAACUAACUGAGUACGAGAACUACAAAACCGUUGAAUCAUAUGAAACAAGCUUUGUAUUAAAGAAGUUCAUUUUUCAAUUUUUCUCUUACAUUGCUCCUCUUUUAUUUUUAGAUUAUUUGAAUCAACCACUCAAUUUAUAUUGUGCACGCACUAACUGUGAAAGACAUGUUAAAUAUUAUUUUUCUGCUAUUGUUAUUUUAAUUCUAUUUAAGUAAAUUGUAAAUUUCUGUAUAUUUUUAUUUAAACUAACUAAAAUUAAAAUAAAAAGUUAUGAUUACAAUGAAAUUGACAUUAUGGAGUUUGUUGAAGACUAAUCAUCAAGAUAACCAUACUCUUAAGAUUUUGAGAGAUAUGGCACAAUGCAAGAUUAUAUGGAAUUAUUCGUACUGAUAUCCUUUUUAAGUAUUUUUGGAUAUACAUUUCCAUUUAGUUUUUUUAUUUUAUGGAUUUCUAAUAUAAUGUAAAUUUAGGUCAAGAAAAACACUUUUUUGUACUGUCUAUAAAGACCAUGGCCUAAAAAUGAAAGUUCUUUAGGAAUUUGGAAUUUUUUUCUUGAGAUCAUCAGUUUGCUCUGUUUACUAACCAAUACUGGAGUAGUAACAAUACAAUAUAAUAAAUAAUUUGGAUAUGAACUCAUUAUGGUAUUUUUGAGUGUUUUAAUAUUUAAUUGCUUUGGAAAGUUUUUCAUCGGAGCAAUAUUUGGUCAAAUACCAGAUGCUUUGAGUGAUUUAAUGAAAAGACAUAAAUAUUUAAUAAAAGCGACUAUUUAAAAUAAAAUUAAAGAGGGCAAAUCUCAGGAGAACAAGGAUGCUUUAAAAAGAUUUCCAAUUUUAAAAGUUUAUGGGACUUUAAACUCUGCUGAAUCUGGAAAAUUUGAAACAGUCAGUUCUGAUGAUGAAUUACAUGAUCACUAUGAAAUACCAGAGAUCAAAUAAAAAUUGAAUGUUAUCAAAGUUGAAUAAUACACUAAAAAUUUAGACAAGCAAUAUUUAGGUGAAUUCUAAUUUACUAAAAUUCUGGAAUACUUUAGUUAAAGAGAUCAGAAUUGGGCUUUCAAAUGUGUUUUUAAAAAUUAAAAGGAAAAAUAAAAGCUUAGACUACUAUUAAAAAUUUAUACUCUAUUAUAUAAGUCAUAAGUCUUAACAAAAUAUAGAUAACUUUGGACUGAUAGGAGAGUAUCACAAAGAUUUGUUCACAUGAGAAGGAAAAUAAUUUAAUUAAGAAAUUUAGAUUAUAGAAGAUAUUUGAUAAUAUCCUCAAAACUGAAUUAAAUGAGAGUUUAUUAUGAUGAGAAAGCUCAAUAAAGAUUUAGAAAAGAUUUCCAAUUGAUUGGAUAAUAGGAAGAUGAUAAUGGAGAAGAAAAUAUCGAAUAUACAAAUUUGGUUAAGAAAUAUCAAAGGUACGUUGAGAAGCACGCAUGGUUGAAUACAAGAAAGGUUAUUCUCCUAAAAAUAAAGGCACUGACUUUUAAAGGAUUUAGAAAAUAAGUUGUUAAGAAACCAUCACUAUAAUUAAUUUAAGAGUUUUAUAAAAUUACUCAAAUUAUAGAAAAUCUCGAACCAGAAAAUCCUUUAUAACCAGAAUUGGACUCUUAAAUUGAUUAUUCUAUGUUAGAAAAAAUACAAUUUUCAGAUUUUAUGGAUAUUUUCAAUAAUAUUGAACCAAAGUAAUUUUAUAAAUAUUAAUUUAAGAUAAAAAGUUGAAUGGUUUUUGCCUCUCAGUUCUCAAAGAAAUAAUUCGUCAAAUUAUUUCAUAGAAGAUAUAAAAUCAAUUGAAUUCAAAAAUAUUGUUGAUUAAUGCAAGGAUUCUUCCAUCUUUCAAAAAACCACAACUGUACUUGAAGAAAUCAUACUUUCAUAUUUCCAAAUUGAACAAUUUCCUAUUCCUUAGAUCAAAUUCAUAAAGCAUAUGCAUGAUAACAUUUGGAUAGUCAAAAUGGGAUAAUAGGAGACAAUUUACUUAUUGUAAUUCUUCUAAAUAAAACAUGGAGAAUAGAUAUAACUUUAAAAGUAUGCAGAUAAUCAUGAAGGAAUAUUGUAUGCUGAAAGUAUGAAUUAUUUUAGAAUUGUCAACACUGUCGAUCAGAUAGAUGACUUUUAUAUCAAGGGUUAUUGUCUAUGCAUUUAUGAAGCUUUUGAGCCCAAAAGUUUUUUAUAAGUGUUAAAAUACAGAAAAACUUAUGGAAUACCUUAUACCGAGGCUGAAAUCAAAUAAUUUCUUCAUGCUGCCUUUAAUCUAUUGAAACUUGCUGACUUUAAAAGUAUAUCUAGUAGAAACAUUUUCUUAAUCAGAGGAGAGUAUCACAUUCUGAAUUCAAUGACAAAGUUUAAUUCUUUGUUUGAAUUGGGGAAAAUUGUUUUAGAAAUGUUAUAUUUAGAAGAAAUAGAGGAGAUAAAAUAAUAUUUCGAUAAAUUAUAGCAUCCCUUAAAAUGGCUAAUUAAUGAAUUAUUAUUUUUAGAAGAUAAUCUUCAAAAACUAUAAGACUUCAUUCAAAAGUAAUAUUGCUUUACUGAUAUUAAGUUUGAAAUUGAACAUCAAUAGAAGUAAUAAUACUACCAUGCAGUAUCUUACUAAGCAUUUACUUGGUCAAUGCUACAUAAAAUCAAUUUGAAUUUCAGAAUGAAAUAAUUUCAAGAUGCCUUACAUUUAACAUAAGAAUAUGAAGAUUAUGUCAAGAAAGAAGUAUAUUAAAUCAAUGAAAGCACUUUUCCCUAUUUUUGCAUACAAUUAUUAGAAGAUUUAAAUUCCUAUUUGCUAUCAUCGCAUUCAUUAAAAAAGAACCUUGAUAUCAUUCUAAUUUACUAUUAUUAGAUUGCAGCGAAAUUUCAAAUAAAAUAUGACGUAACACGAUAAUUGAAUUAUUUUAUUGACAUCUUAAAGAAACUCACAUUUGAAUUAAGACUGAUAAUAAAGUAAUUGAUUUCAAAUAUCAAUGUCGCUAAUUUAAAUUAAACUGAGCAAUGUAUUAUACUAAAAACGAUUUAGAAUGAUUAAGAACAAUCUUCUUAAUUAUUAUCAAAGCAAAGAUAAUUCUUGCUUGCUUAAUUAAGAAAAAACCUUAAACUCAUAGACAACAUCUUAGUUUUUGAAUAAUAAGUAAAUCGAUUCCUCAACUAAUUUUAUGCUUUAUUUGCCUUAUAAUAAUAUUUUAGUGGGCAUUAUGAAUUUGCCAAAUUAGCAAUAUCUACAAUAAUUGAAACCUAAUAAAGAAUCAUGCACAAAUAAAAGCUUCCUGAAAUUUUGAGUGAGGCCUUAGAAUUAAGUCCAAGUUAAUUUAACUUCGAUUAAUUAAGUCCUGGUAUGGAGAGGGAAGAAUAAGAAAUAGCUAAAGAGGAAGUCUGGGUCUUUAAUAUAAAUUCAGAAAUCAAAACGAACCCUCUAUAUGCAAUUCAGUAUAUUUAUUAUCUCUACUUGUAAGUAAUAAUACUACAUGAUUGUAAAAACGAAUUGUAUCAAAUGAAGCAAAAAGAAUUUCUUAAUUACAACUUUAAAGAUAUUCCAGCAUAUACUUAUUUCCAACAAUUAAUCUCUUCACUCUAAUUUAACUUUAAAUUCACAGAAAAAAAUGAACAAUUUUUUAAAUAGGAGUCUUAAUGUGAAUUAGGUAGAUAUACCAUUUUAUGGCUAAAAACUAACAUGGAAAACAAGCAAUAUAUUCAGUCGGAAUUAGAGGAAUCAACUUAAAUGGAGUUUAAUUGGAGAUAAAUAUUAUCUUAUAACAAUUUAAAGUGUAGUUUAUAGAACAAAACAGUUUUACUUUACAUUCUCAAAUAAACUUCAACUAAUGAGCAAAUGAAAAUCCUUUUGAACAUCAGAAUUAUUCAUUUCCUCUUAAAGUUGUAUGAUUAUUGUCCCAUUAAUUUGAAGUAAACAGUCAAUAUAUUAAAUAAAGACUAAUUAGGCUAAUUAAAUCUAGACAGCACAUCAAAAAUUCUAUAAUUACAAUAACUACAUAAGAUAUUUACGUUAGGAGUAAAGAUAGAUUAUUUUUCUAACAUAAAUAAUGAGACUGCUUCAUGGAUCUUUCAUUAAGGAUUGAUAUAAUUAAGAAUCUUUAUCUAUUAGUCCUAUUGUUAUAGUUUUUCAAAGAGGCACUUUGAAAAUAUUGCCACUUAUAUUAAUUAUUAAGAGGAAAUAUUUACUUAAAUCUCUAAUUUGAUGAUACAAGGUGACUCAACAUUUUCAAAAGCUAAAAAUUAUUAAAUUCUUUAGUAACCAGUUGAAAGUAUGCUAAUUAAUACUUAAUCUGACUACUUUGGAUAUCAUUAAUAUUUUUUAACACAAACUAGAAUCAUGCUAUUAUAAAAGAAGAAACUUUCAGAUAUUUAUAAAUGCUUUGCGCAAUAUGUGAAUGAAUAUUUUAUAAACUCAAUUUUCAUUUUGGGUUUAAUACAAAUAUACUAUGAAUUCGAAGAAAUGGACAUGGCUAAUUUGAUAGUGAAUUUUACUAAGAAAUUAUUAGAUAAUAAUGCACUUAUCUUUAAUGAUUCUCAUGAAGGAUUCAUAAAGGAUAUACAAAUAAUAGAAGCUGUUUUAAAAUAGAAACGAUAAUAGUUGAUUAAACCUCCCUUUAAUAGACUCUAUCAUAGAAAUGAUUUAAUAGAAUAUUUUGAAGAUGAGACAUUAAAUGCAAGAUACUUCCUUUUUAAUUUACCCUAUUAUUUUAACAUACAAUUUUCACAAUCAAUAAUGGAGGAUUUCAUAGCUGUUAGUCUUUUUAAGUUGACUUUGCCAUUAUAAUAAAUUUUGAAGACUGCCUUUUGUUCAAUCAAGGCUGAAUGUGGGGAUGAAGAAAUCUUAACACUAUUAAAGAUGUAAUUAUAUAUAUAUGAAUAUUGGUAGAGUAAGUGAAUAUAAAUUUUUAGAAGGUAGUUUGACUUGGGCCUUCCAUUGUCAUUUUUUGUGCAGAUAUUACAUAUCCAUUGUAGAUAUGGAGAAUGCUUACGAAUAUUCACUAUUAAUGUUGUCAUAUUUAUAUUAACUUGAUUCACAGCAGGGUUUCUACAUAAAGGAGAACAAAAAUGGAUUCAAAAACCAUUUUGUAUAUUUUCAUAAUUUACAUAUAGGUAUGCUUUUAGUCAGAAAAGAACAUUAUCAAAUAGAUCUGUCAGCCUAAAACCAUCCCUAUCACUGAGUCAAUUGAAGAUGCUUUGUUUGAUAAUGUUAACGAUGACUUUUUUGUGAUAGAAUGUAUUUUAAAUCAUUUAGAGAUCCUAUCAAGAAGUCAAUUCAAAAUGCCCACUCUAACCAUCUUAUUUUAAUUCUAAUUGAAAUUAUAAAAUCAAAGACAUAGAAUCUAUUUUUGGAAAGUCAUAGCUUAUGUUUUAUAUAGAAUUGCUACUGAGAACUUAAUUGCAGAAACAUUAUCACAAAUUCAAGAUAACAAAAAAGAUAGACUAUAAGAAUUGAAGGAAAUUAGAAGAUUGAAUAAAAAGAGAAGAAAUGCUAAAGUUUUAUUACGAGAAAUUACUUAGUAGGAAUUUGAAGAAUUUGAUUAUCAAAUUAAUCUUAUCGUUUUUUAGAUGAACUUUUACAAAUUAGAUGAAAAUUCAAGCCAAAAGAUAUUUAUACUGUUCUCUUGUUAAGCCGCUGAAAAAGCAUUGUCAGGCUACUCAAAUUAGUGUAAAGAUAAAACUAAAAUAAAUAAACACUAGAUGAGUGAGUUGAAACUUUUAUUGGCAUAAAACUAUAUCUGGCUUAAUCAAAAUGGAAAUGCUACAUUAGCUUUAAGCGAUGCCGAAGAUUUAAUUGUUGAGUGGUUUGGUAAGAUCAAACAUCCAAUAAAGGGUCUCUAUUUUUAUAAUUUAGGAUUAAUUAAGAUUUCCUUUUAUUAACAGAUCCUGAAGAUCUUGAAGGUCUUCAUUGAAGAAUCUGCAUUUAAUAUUAUGGAAAUGAAAUUAAUUAUUUAAGGAUUAGCCAUGAUGAAACCUGAAUUAUGGAAACAAAUGGAUUAAUUUAAUACAGGUUAAAUAUCCAGUUUGAUUCCAUUUUUUAAGAAUUAUUUAGUAGAUGUGGGAGAUAAUUCUAUUUUUGACUGUCCAAAAAGUUAGUAUUCUGAAAAUGAUGCUAAAAUAAUUUUAGAUGAAGUCUUACAAAAUAAUAUGGCAUUUGAUUUGUCAGGAAUCACUGAAUUUAUUGAUGUAAGUUAGUUGUAUUAAAUUAUAGGCUGAGAAUAGUUUUAAGACUUUUGAGGCAGACAACUUUUUAACAAAAGAAAUAUCAGGUUUGAUAUUCAAAAUAUAAAAUGAGAAAUUAAAAAAUUAAGUUGAGCGAAUAUGA